AUGAUCUCGCAAAUCUGCAACGAAGUCAUAGGUCUGGUCCCCAAAAAGGAAGAGCCUGGUUGGCUCAGCGUGACUGGCCAUCCUGGAGCCGUUUAUUGCGAAAAUAGUAUUUCGUCCGGCCCGGAGGCAACUGGCGCUGAUGUAUCCCAGGCCAUUCGCAUAGCUUACUUCACUCCAUUGAAACAUAUUCCAGGUCCCUGGUAUGCGUCGUUGACAGGGCUGCGCCUGUCGUGGUCCGUCUUUGCCAACAAUCGAAUCCACUACGUCCAUAGCUUGCACCAGAAGUAUGGGCCCAUCGUCCGUAUCGGACCUCAAGAAAUCGACGUGGCAGAUCCUGUGGCAGGACGCGAGAUCCACCGCAUGGGAUCUGGCUUCAUGAAAGCUCCCUUCUAUGAGCUUCUAUCACCAGGGCCGGUAGACAAUAUCUUCAACUUUCGGGAUCCAAAACUCCAUGCGGCGCGUCGUAAACUUUACGCCCGGGGUUUCACGCUGCAGAGCUUACGAAACGAGUGGGAGCCAAAGGUCCGGGAUAUCAUCAAGCUGACCGUGGAGAAGAUCAAAUGCGACGCCGUAAAGGGCGAGGCCGAGAUCAUGGGGUGGUGGACUCUCAUGGCCAACGAAAUAGUCUGCCAGCUUACGUUCGGCGGUGGCGCAGGCAUCGUCGCCAAAGGUGUCAAGGAACCCUUCGUUCUUAUGCUAGAACGGCGGAUGGGAGACCUUGCGCAUCUGCUCAAGCACUUCGCUCCCCCUGGCUACUAUCUUGGCCGUGCGUUGGCUUGGUUCAUCCCACCUCUCCAGGAUAUAUUCUAUUCUCAGGAGAGAAUGUUCGCUGCGGGAGGCGACGUGGUCUCCCGAGCGCGAGAGGCAAAGAAGGCCCAGGCCGAACCGAGAAAUCUAUUCAAUAAGGCCCUAGAGGCCGGAAACUUGACUGAUACAGAUAUCAUAACUGACGCCGGGGCUCUACUACUGGCGGGCUCCGACCCGACGGCAAUCUCUCUGACGUUCCUUCUCUGGUGUGUGCUGAGUCGACCAGAAGUCCAAAAGCAAGUCGAGGCCGAGGUCGCCACUCUUGAAGGUGAACUGACCGACGAAGCCUGCGAGCGGUUGCCCAUCCUGAAUGCGGUCAUCGACGAAAGUCUACGGCUAUACGGGGCGGCUCCAGGAUGCAUGCCUCGCAGUCCACCAUCCGGGGGUGUGACAAUUGGGGGGUAUUUCAUUCCCGACGACACCAUAGUUGCUACGCAGAACUGGAGUCUUCAGCGCAAUCCGAGUAUCUGGGAUGAUGCAGACACGUUCGAUCAUACGCGCUGGCUAUCCAACUCGAGAAUCACUGACCAAGCCAAGCUGGCUUUCAACCCGUUCGGGUACGGGGCACGCCAGUGCCUAGGUAUUCAUCUCGGCCGUAUGGAGAUGCGUCUGGCUGCGGCCAUGUUUUUUCGCGAAUGUGUUGGGGCGCGAUUAGGACGAUCGGUGACGGACGAGAGCAUGCACGUGGUAGACAGUUUCAUAGCGGGCGUUCCCCGCGAUCGUCGAUGCGCCAUUACACUGACAUAGACGCCGAUUGAUGGAACGAGACGCUGUCGUGGAGAGUCUGGCGUACCAUGCCAGACGCACCAACAAUUUUCUAACUCGCUUCGGAUAGAGCCGACGCGAUGCGCGAUGUUUGUCGGGGCAUACUGUUCUAUGGCACCGCCCAGAUUGCAGCUCGGUUAGACCUGAUUUUUAGUCGCGCGAUACAAAUUGGUUAUAUAAGCAACAUUAGUCAUGACUGUCACGCGACCAUAAAGACGAUGAUGAGUUUCAAGUCGCGUCACCUGCCCUAGGGGUCGAGCUCGCUUAGUCAUUAUUUAGUAAGCUAGGUAUAGAUAGGCGGCAACGUUGGCCACCAAUAAUGACAAUUGUCCGUCCCUUUC